AAAUCGGUUCUGUCUGGACGGUUUGCUGCCGGUGCCCGCGCCGCGAUACGGUCUUUUUUUUUCGUUUUCUUUAUUGUUAUUUUGCAUUUCUCCUUUGGAGCUCGAUCGCGGAACCACGGCCAUUAAUGGUGCCCGCGCCCGGUUUCGGUGUGUGUGAGUGAUCGGUUCAAGGUGUGUGCGUUGCUUAUCGCAUCCCCGCAUUCGCUGAGCCGUAUACUACUGACAUGAGAAGUUGGCUUUCGCGAAACGUACCGCAAGCAUUUCUCCUUCGAUCAUGUGCACCUGAAUGCUGUACACGAAGGAACAAUAAAUUCCUGUGAUCUGUGCAACGACAGCAGAAGAAGAAAAAAGUAAAACACACACUCACGCUCGUACAUCACCGUCGCCGUCAGCAUCAAGGAAAAGAAAAUAUUUUCACCUGGCAAAGAGAAAGAUGAGUGACGAAACUAAAUCGCCGCCAUAUGCGCUACCUGACGAUGAUAGCCAGGCAUAUAUGGCAUCCGUGCAGAAAUCCUAAAUGUGUGAAAAUGUGAUGGUUCCUAAAGAAAAGAAGUGAUCAAAGUCGCGAAAGUUAGAAAAAAUAAUCUAAAGUUAAGUAAAGAAUCCCCUGGAGCUCGUUAGCUUGUGAUCAGUGUGAGAGUGAGAGGAAUUCAAACGAAAGGAAAAUAUCGCAACAUAAAAAAGUCACCCAGCCAAGAGGUCGAGUCGGGUUCCAGGCAGCAGCGGUCUUAUGCAAAUGGGAAGCUGCUUGUGGUGAUGCUGGCUGGCUGGCUGGCCGUACAGUUUCGAUAAGUGUAGUGGGUGAGUGAUCGAAAGUGAAAGAAACAGCAGAAAGGAGAAAAAGGGAAGUUUAGCACGCGAGAACGUUCGAGGUAGGUGGGACGACCGACGGGGCGAUCGGUGGUGAUCUUACGAGGUAAAAGUGAAACUAUCCAAAGCGAAGGAAUUCGAUCGGGUUCGAAGAAUUGUGUGUGAUUGCUCACGCCGGACAACGAAAAAAGACACAGACAACAAUCACAGCAGCAACAACGGCAGUCGAUUGUACGGCAUUCCCCGGAGCUUUGACUUUUCCACCAGGGCAUCGGUACCAUUCAGAAAGAACAGUGACACCCUCGCUCCGACCACAUUCACUUACCGAGCAGUACCUCGACAAUUCGUUCCAAUGAAGUCCUCGGAAGAUGAUUAUUGGACAACGCGGCGAAAGACGACGAAACAUCAAUUCGAGUGCACCGAUUAUCGCCAUCGAAGAAGCUACCGUCAGCAGUAGUUGCUGUACUGUCUGCUCAGUGUUUGCACCGUCAUCGUUCGCAUCCCGAUUGUGGCUGUAGCCGGCCAACCAACGAACGAACGAAGCAAAAAGAUUGCCAUUAAACCAAAAAAAAUUGUAUAAUAAUAACUAUAUAAAUCAACGAAAACUCGCGGAAGGAAGGAAACCUCGAUUUCAGCAUGAAAUUGUCUCACAAAAGAAUCGUCAGCGAACAAUAAAUCGGAAACGAGAGGGAAAAUUGAUUGAAAGCGAAAUCGGUUCCCCGAUAGAAAUAACAAUAAAAAUUAGUAAAACCUGCAAAGCGGAGAAAAUUUGCAGCACAAAAAUGUCAUCCGCACGAAUUAGUUUAGCGAUGCUCUUUCAGCGGGCGUACCUUUGCGGUCUGAUAGGGCUGCUAGUGGCGGCGCAGCUUAGCUACGUGACUGGUUGUAACUCAGAAGACUGCAGCGAAGCCAUCGCCAGCAAAUCGAAAAGAUCGGCCAUGCCGAUACUGAACGACGUCGGUGGCGUUACGAGAAGCAAAGACUUUCUAAUAUUUGAAAACAAUCAAGUCGAUCAGGACGUUAAGUCGUCGCCGUCGUCAUCGUUGCCUGCACAGACGAGGCAGCGAAGCGGGAAGGAUCUGUUGGAUGAUUCGUUCCAAUUCAACAAGAACGUAGCGAUGAAUCUUACCGGAAAAUCGCCGAAAGCCCCGCCAUUCAUCGUUGCCAAUAAUAUCAACGGUCGACAAAACUCAAACCCGGAUAUUCAGGAUAUUAUAACGGGAAUAGUGAAACUGCUGAAUGGGAAUGUGAAUGUACAUGCCAAUACUCAGCCCACUAGGAGACAUUCGGCUACGAGGAUCAACAACCGAGGCCCUCCAAGAAUAUCCGAAGCUCAACCCGUUCCAAACGAAUAUGAAAUUGACCUGAACGUACCACCGACCUCUUCGAGGCCACCGUACAACUUCGAACGACCGGAAGGCCCGGUUAGACCGUUCCUUACGGGAGUGCCACUCCCGGAACAGAUCGUUCCAUCCAUGCAGCAAACCUACCGGCCCGGAUUCGUAUCCCAGAAUAGGCCCCCGUGGCAAAGACCGAAGCCUAGACCCCCGAUCUCACCCAAUCGUAGGCCAAUGCCACCCUACAAACCUUACCCUACCCAAGUGGACUACGGCAAACCGGACAUGGAGUAUAGCCCGGUAACAGUUGCGCCCAGUGAAAGCAACUCGAUAAGUGAAACGACUGAGAAAUUCCUUCUCGGAGAAGAUGUCGAUUCAGGACCGAAAACACCGGCGACCACAACGACCACCGAAGAAAUUCACGAAACAACUACCGAUGCGAUCGUCGAGGUUGAAGAAAGUCCAUUAAAAAAACCGGCAAAGAAAAUCGAUAAACACAACACCAAAACUACAACAAUUUCGGAAGUUCGUUACACAAUUGAAACGGCGACCAGUUCGAAUACCGAAAUCAAUCCAUCGCCAACCUCUCCGAUUCCAUUCCAAACCGAAGUGCCAAGCGUCUACGAGAUAAACUCGAUCGAAUAUCUUCCUUCAGGGAAAGAAACGACCGAAAGCUACUUGCUUGAACCGUCGACCAGCGAAGAAACUUCAACCCUAUCCAAGGAGUCCAUCACUCCAACGCAAUCGAUAUUAUCGACAACGAUCUCAACUAGCACUACCGCGAGUUCAUCAACAGCUUCAUCCACCAUUGCAGACAUUCAUCCCAGCAGUGAAGAAACAACGAGUAGCUCUGCCACUCCGACGCCGUCACCAACAACGACACCAACUAUAACAACAACAACUACUUCCCAUUCAACGACCACAGACUACCGAUUCCAUCCACGUCCGGGUAUCGUUCUCGACGAUCCUGACUUCAAACCCGGUGGUAACCAUCCAAUGCGCACGCAAAACCUAUACGUCUCAAAGCCUGAGAUUCACUCGUCCACCGGAGUGCAACUGCCAAACUACGGAGAAAUAUUCGACGUAACGCUAUCCGCUAUCCAAGGUCCGGCUGGUUCCGGUUCGAAGCAAACAGUUAAACUGCCAAAUCCUUACUACAACCGACCACAAAACAAUAACAACAACAACAAUAAUAACGACCAACAGCAGGAGGCAAGCAUCAUCCUGACGGCAAGUGGAAACGAAGGAUUCGUUUCGAUCGACGGCAAACGAUCCUAUAUAGAUCUAUUCGGUGAUUCAAAAACGGCACCGCCAACGCUCACCAGUAGCGAACAGAUUCAUCCGACGAAAACACUCAGCCUCGGAAUAACCGGAACCGGCUACGCAGUAGCCGAAACGGAACCACCGGCUUCCCAAUCGCCGGCGGACCUUGCAUCGCCCCAUUCACCGGCACCGUCCCAGCAAUCGCCACCGCACCGUCCGGUGCACCAUCGACCCAAGUACCCGCUGCCACCGGUUCGCAUUGAUACCUGUAUCGUGGGUGACGACACGACCUGCGAUCAGGCGCAGAAUGAACGCUGCAAAACCGAGAACGGCGUUUCCAGUUGUCACUGUCGGCCCGGGUUUGCGCGACGAAAGCAUCGCGAACCCUGCCGACGGAUCGUGUCACUAAUGCUGUCGAUGCGGGUCGAUAAGAUCUACGAACGACGAAUUCAGUGGGAUAGUUUGCUAGCGAGUCGGGAAAGUGAGCGUUUCCAGCAGCUGAGCUACGAAGCUGUGCGGGCGAUGGAUUCCGCCAUGUCGAUGACACCGUUUUCCGACGAAUUCAUGGAGGCCCGUGUGAACGGCAUCUUCACCACCAAUCCGGCCUCGCAGGGGCUGAAGGGAGUGUUCGUAAACUACACCAUCAGUCUGGAUGAAAAUGCGGAAACCUUACGACCCCAGCUGAAAUCGGACAUCCAGCGGCACCUGCUGGGUGUGAUUCACCGGCGUAAUAAUAAUAUAGGAAAUUCUGCACUGUACGUGGACAGUCCUACGGGGGCCGUUUCGAGCGUGCAAGACGUGGAUGAGUGCACGUCGGAUGAUCUGAACGAUUGCGACGAGGAGGCCACCUGUACCAACAUGUUUGGGACGUUCCGGUGCGAGUGCGGAUAUGGUUUUCGGGAUCCGUGGGCGGAUCAGCCGCAACGAGCGGGACGCGAGUGUCUGUCCUGUCCGGACUCGUACUGCAACAACCGGGGCACCUGUAUGUAUGACAAUGCUAACAAUAAGCAGAUUUGCAAGUGCUUGGGAAGCUACUACGGGACGCAGUGCGAAAUCGACGGCGAGGUGCUAGGAGUGGCCGUCGGCGCGUCGGUCGCUGCGGUGGUGAUCAUUGUACUGACGCUGAUCUGUUUGAUUAUGUGGAGCCGCAAAUGGCAACGUGAGCACAAGAACGCCAUGGGCAGCCCCGUAUUCGGUUACAUGGGAGGUGGCCAGGUCAAGACGCCGGUAAUGGGCCAAGCCCCCUAUCAGGUUACGCUGGAGGAUCGCAUGCGGUGGGCCCAGAUAGCGGACGUGAUGGCACAAGCAAACCAUUAUGCGGCCGAACCAGUGGCACCGCCACGGCCGGGCUCGGCUAUGUUUGGCUAUCCGACAAUGCAAACCAUCGGCAACAUGAACACGCUGAGCAUGCACGGAACGCUGCCACCGAUGCACGCCGGAUCGCUUCCGCCGGUUCCUCUUCCAAGUCCAAUGAACUUCUAUCCCAACAGAGGACUGGGUCUCAAUCGGAACGGCAUGCGCACGCUGGAAAAUUCGAGCUCCAGCGAGGAGGAAGACCGGGCGGACUUGCUCGGCAGAAACUUCAACGUGCCGCGCCCCAAGAGCCGAAGUAAUGCCAGCGUUACUUCUGGAAUCUACUACGACGUAGACUACGCUCCGACCGGAGCCGAGCAGCUGUACGGUAUGGGAAGUACCCUCGGCGGGAGCACACCGGUGCCGAGCUCGAAAGGACAGAGUAACAUACCAAUGAGUACCUACACAUCGAACAGCCGACCGGUGCAGACUACUUAUUACAAGUGAAAAUAUAGUUUCAUUAAUUCUUAAACAAUAAUACCUACCUAUGAUGACAGACGAACAAAUCCCAGUGUAAACCAGCUUGAGAGUGUUCAUCCAGAAGAAUUUGAUUCGGAACACUAAGCUUAAGGAAUCUCAGAGACUGUGGAGAAUUGUAAAGCCAGCAAACGUUCAUAUUUCCGCAAAUUUUAGUUUUAUACGUUAGACUUGUAUAAUCACUAAAAUUCUAUAAAUAGAAGAAAAUUUCUGUUAGAUAGAUUUAUCUUUGAUUCGGCAAAUGAAACAAGAAAAAAACGUUGUACAGAACGCGAAAUUUAGCUGUAAGUGCGUGAAUACAUGAUAGAGAAAAACAAAAGUAUAAGUAGGAAAUAGAAACAAGUUUUAGGUUAAGUAUUAGAACCACAUGCCUGAGCUCGAAGUUGACGAACAGCAGAACAGUACUUUUCCCUGUAGUGUUUAGUUGGAAACAAAAAGAUAUUGCAGCUAGUAUUAUACUAAUAAAAAGC